ACCACCGUGGCCCUUAUUUAACGCUCGUCCCUAAAGCUCGCUUUCAAGUCCGCAAACCGCUCAUUUGUCUUGAUUGUAAAUGUCUUUCUAGUGUGACAAUUGUCAAGUAAUUAAUAGCCCUAUUGUGGACGUUUCCUUUUGCCUUUUCUUAAGAACAACAGACAGCAUGAAAGAGGAGAGUCAUAGGAACUAGCGAUACGAAGAAGGUGGGCGAAACACAGUUUCAGUAAAAGAAGCUGUUGCUAUUUAUCGAGUAUGGAGGUCAAAGACAUCAAAUGAUUUACUGGAAAUGAUUAGCGUGCUCGAUAUUGAUUAUUUUCCAAUUACGUGCGUCAUACAAGAUUAGCCCCCACAUCCGGUGAUUAUAUUAGUGGCUUGACAGAUUGAUUGUAGUCGAUAGUUGCCCCAUUGUGUCUAUGGUCACAGUACGUAUGUAAAACACCGUACAAUACAUAAAAAGCAAAAAAGACUUUUCCAGAGAGUAUUUGAUAUCUUUCGAAGAAAACUACGUGACAUUUAAACAAAUCCUUUACUCCUUCCGGUUCGAUGAAUUUGAUCACUGAAAUACUCUCACACACCGGAGAUCGCACGUAAUACUUUGAUGCUAAACUUACUAAAUUUAGUAAUAACAGACUUUGUACGUGAUAUGCUCGGCGUUCUUUCUUACCACGGCGAAAAUUGUCUCUUUAAAACUCAAGAUUUCUCCGAUUAAAUUACGAGGCGAGUGGCUUUACUCAUUACCUAUCUUUAUGCCCUCAUGUGGCUCAACUUAAUCUUACUUUACACGGAUUUUCUAUUUUACAGUCUAUUAUGCCAUUACAUUAUCCACUCGAACCAAUCACUAAGCCGCGUGCUAAUACCCAGACAAAAGGCCAGUUGACAUUCUUACGAUAGUAAAUGAGAGCCAAAACACGCACUGAGUAGGAAGACGCAAUGUUCAUUGUAACUGCAGCGAAGACGAUUCAUAGAGGCUAAUCGCAUCGUAUGACAAAUGGGUUGUGGAACCAGCUCUCAUCUUCCGAAAAGAAGCGGUGUUAAAUAGAUGUCCAUUCUGGAGUUCAGCUUUGCUCAUUGGACAGAUUUGCAGGCACCAGUAUUGCUAUCAUCGAUUUAUAAGUAAGUGAGCAUCUUGAGUAAGGGCCUUAGUUCAGUGACUCACUGGUGCAGCGAAUUUUACCUUUGGUAAAACGUCAAGCACUUUGCUUAGUUUUGCUGUUCAGUUUGUUGCCCUCAUGGUGUACCUUCGCAGGCAGCCACUAAACACCUUGUGUUUUGCGGAGUUAUCCCAAUCAUCUGUCAAUGUGUUGAGGCUACGACGUUUGCCAGCUCUUAGUCUGCCGAAGUCCUGCUCUCGGAAGCGGUUGCUCCACACCUCGAGGUUUGUGAGAACCACACAGUUUGCUUUUGGAGCUCGGCAUAAAAGCUGCCGUAUCUCAUCGGGGCGAAUAGCAAAAGCUUUACGUUCAUCAUUAACCGGUCAGCGGAAACAUCGAGUAAGUAGUCGUGCCGAUGUCAAUUCAACUGAUCGACCUUUGUUAAACCUUAAGCAAAUCGUUACCCCACGAGCAGGGCAGAAUGACCUUAUCAGUGGUGGUCCUUUCGUGGAUAACCUGUUUGAAAAGUCCCUCGCUCUUAGAGUUACUGAUGAGAUGACUAUGACCAUUUUCCAGCCGUUUAUCGUGCCAGAGACCACCUCAUCUCCGAUCAAAAGGGCGUUCACCAGCUCUUGUCGUCAUGACAGUGAUUUAGGUGAUGUGGCACACCCUCUCACACGCAGCAUUGGAAAGUCCAGCGUGGUAUCUUCUUUUGAUCUCACUUACUCUCUGGAUGAGGAGACUCGCGCCCAGUCCCAAGUGACAGUAGCGGCCCAACAGCGAGCAGAAGCUGCGUAUAGACGACAGCGUAUGGCACAGGAAAGAGAGCAGACUGCUGUUUUACGGGCUGAAAUGGAGGUUGAGCGGGCUCGCAUGCUGAAGGAAAUGACUGGUGGAAGCAGAAGACCUUCAUACUGUUUAGAACUAGAAAAUCUGAAGGAAGAGGCACCCGAUGAUGUGCGUAAAAACCUGGAGGAAUGUCUUAAAGAUUAUUCCAUCAUUGAGGAAAGAAAUGCACGAAAUUCGCUGCCCAAUGAAUACCCAAAGUCUGCAUUUAUAAUGAGAAGUGAAUCAAGGGAUGAGACAGAUGCUGACCAAAAUACUCGACAUCAAGCACAAGAGAGCGACGAAAAUGGAAAUUUGGAGAGACGGAAUAGUACAGAGGAGAGCAGUAAUAAAGAACUUCGUCUUACCGUUGAAAAACAGCCUUCGUUACAAACUGGAAAAGAUGACUUACCUCAAGCGUUCCUUAGCAGUGUUAACAUUAAGGAAAACGAGCAGACCCGAGGAUAUUCGGGUGAUGAAAAGCCCCGACGACGCUCGGGAGUGGAUCAGAUCCUGGCUCUGAGAGGUAACAACGAGAAAACCAUGGAAGAAACCUCCCAAGAAAUCAAUGGAUCACACAAACUAAAGAGAAGUGAAGAAGUAUCGGCUGUUCACGAUUCAGAUACAAGUCAGGAUCAAACUUUUGGAAAAAGAGUGGACGAUUUUAGAGAUGUUACGGCGAUCACUAAGGAUGAUUCCGCGGCUAUGAGUGGUGAAAAUUUAACGGUGCAGGAUGAUACUACUAAGAUAACGAGUCCUGAUGGAUCAGUUCCAACAGAACAGAUACCUAAUGAUGUAAACUAUGCUAGUAGUGGCACUCAUUCGGUCGCAGUUACUGAAAAUUGGAACAAAGAGCAUACAAGCAUAGAAACCAAAGACACGAGCGAUGAAGGCGAACAUCAUCAACAAGAAGAAAGCGAAAACGCCGCAAACGGUACUGAACAGAGUCAAACAAUGAUCAAGGCGUCCACAGGUCUGGAUCCAGAGAAAAUGGAGAGCAGUCAUGCGGACAUUGCGAGUGAGAAUGGCGAUGGAAAGGUGGCGACAGAAAAUGAUAAAAAUGAACAGUUUGAUCAGCUACGAGAGACCACACUUGAAGGAUAAUUAACAUCAUAAAACAAUAGGUGGAAGAACAUAACCUUCUUGGUCGCCCGAAUCUUAUGCCUGCUUAGUUAAGAGAAGGACAACAAGUUUCUCAGAACAGGAAGUAGUAAAAGAAAAGUGACACCCCUACAAACUUCUCAUCUUCUCUAAGUUUCCGUCUACGGUUAUAGCGAAUGAAAUAUUUGAAGAAGCUUGACGACUAGGAGUCGAUCAUUUAAAAGGUGGUUAGCGUUAAUCUAAAACAACUGAACAUUCUUUACUCGGUUUUGAUUUCUCUUGUAUGAAAAUGUACAUACGUAAGGGCUAGGUUCUCUGGAAUUUUAUCUUAGUGUAGAUCAAACCUGAAGAAAGCAAAGUGUAGCAGGGCUAUAGAAGUGUGCCAAAAAUGUAUUUUAAUCACUGGUUAGAUUAACUGUAUUUUGAACAAAACCAUUUCAGAUAUCUCACUGCGAACAGGCCGUUAUGGCCCUGUGGGAAGACAAUUUCAUAAAAUAAAUACGUAGAGAUAACUCGUUAACAUGAAGGAAAAGAGGAAAUUAAAUGAUUAAAACAUUGAAACGAGGUUCCACUUCGUUGCAAAGAAUGUAAAGGAUAUUUGUACAUUUAAAUUUCCGAGCAGUUGAGAGAAAUUUCUCGUUAGCUUUUCCAGGGAUAUGAUGUAUUAAACAACUACAAAAAAACUCCUGGCUGCUAGAAUUUUGCACUGACUUCAUGUAAUGAAAAUUGGAAGGAUUAUAUGAUUACAUGAGGACGAUAUUAGCUUUGAA